AUGGACGCUCAUUCGUCGAUCGAAGCGGGUAGCAAGUCGCAAGGUGUGGAGACCCAAACACGCCUAGGCACCGUCACCGUUUCAACUCCGAUCAAUUCCCCGUCUUAUUCGACGUUCCAGACGCCAGAACAGUCCUUGGAUGAUCUCAGUUCCCAAUACUUCAUGGCAGAGGAAGCAGGGGAGCACGACGCGCCUACAGCUCCAGAAAGCGAGAUGGAGGACCCUGAAUUUACCAUGACUUCGGCGCAACUCGACCUUGGUGAUCACAGCUUUACUCCUUCGAUGAUUGACCACGACCAGAGCAGUCUUUUCCCUUUAUCCAGCGAGAAUGGCGACCACGAACGCGCCAACAACCAGACCCUCAUUGAGGAGCAUGAGAUGCGCCGCAAACUGAUGGAUAUCGAGUCAAGUUUUCUCCCUGAACCCUCAACAAUUGAUGUCGCCACGAAAGGCGCUACAGCUGGUGCAGAUGAUACAUACUUGGUGGGAGUCCCAAAGGAUCACGAUAUCUCGCAGAACGAUUCAUCACAGCUCUCGUUCAGUGAAUCUACCGAUGCACACCACAACCAGCAACAGGAGAAUGUUGAAGAAGAAGAAGAAGAAGAAGGAAAGAUAGACGGGCCGGCACCUACUGGGUCUACGGAACCCGAACAAGAACAGGGGCAGGAGCAAGAGCAGGAACAAGAGCAGGAACAACAUGGCGAUAGUAUCUUUGAUUCACGCGCCUCGUCGCCCACGACCGCAGCAGCCCUCCGGCGUAACCAGUCUACCUUGUCGGAAAAUGCGCAAAUCAACAGCCAGUUCUCUCAGGACGAGCGCCCCUUCCGAUCUGAAUUCUCUAUGACCGAGAAUGAAUCGCAACUCACACCCUCCAAGCUUCGAAACACCGACCGAAGCUUAUCGCCCGGCGCGUCGCGAUUGUUCAGUGACCAGAACGGCAGUGCUGCUAGUAGUCGCAGAGCCAGUCGACCUAAAUAUCUGACUAGCCGCCAAUCAGCCCAUCGCCUUUCUCAAUCCUCGGUCGCGAGCCACAAAACCGAAACAACAAAUAGCGAUGCUACAGUGGGUGCGGACUAUGCUCUUCAAACUGGAGGCGCAAUUCCCGAGAACUGGAGUGGCCUCCAAGCUCCGAGUCGAGCUCAAAUGACCCGGACUACUAGUCUCGGAAGCAUGGCAUCAGGCGUCUCUGGAUACAGCGAAGAAAACUCCGUCGAGAAGGGCAAUAUAAUGGGCCCAGCAGAUGGAGGCCUUCAUACAUUGGAGGAGGAGAGCUCGCCACAGUCUCGACCUGGCUCCCGGCAGCAAGUCAACUACGAUGAUGUAUCCGCACCGGUGACGCCAAGGGCGAAACCACAAGACACCAACCCCCCUACCGAUACAGUGAUUACCGAGCGCGUCAAGGGGAUUCAAAUCCCUACUACCUUUGCGCAGCGGUUCCGGGAAGAUCUCCAACCGUCUCCUGAGAAGAGGCCCGGAGCUUCGACCCCGACAUUUGGCAAGAGUGGCCGAACAUUGACUCUCAAGGAACAGAGCAGCACCAUUGAUCGUCUCUCAAAGGACAACUUUGACCUCAAAAUGCGAGUUCAUUUCCUCAAUGAGGCGCUGAACAGACGCUCCGAGGAAGGUAUCAAAGAGAUGAUUGGGGAGAACGUUGAGCUCAAGUCUGACAAGGUCAAGCUGCAAAAGGACAACCAAAACCUCAAACGCAAGAUCCGGGACUUGGAAAAGCAAGUCAAGGAUCAGCAGUCAGACAAGGAGUCUAUGGUUAACCAUGAUCCCGAAGGGUCAGAAGACGGUGAUCGUGACUCGGCGCAGGAUGGGGAGAUUGCUUUCUUACGUGAGCGUGUUGAGACUUACGAGCUCGAGAUUGAGCGCAUGAGAUCGGAAAGCAUUGCGAGAGAAAGCGAGAAGCGACGAUUGGCUGAGAUGGUCAAGUCGCUCAGCGAGAACCGCGCCGGCGAGUCCGAUGCCGGUGCGAGGGAGGAGCGAGAUAUGUGGAAGGAUAUGCUUGACGCAGAAACCUCUGCGCGUGAGCAGGCUGAGGAUGAGAACCGGAGACUUCGUGACGAGUCGAUCCGCCUGCGGAGCGAAAUGUAUUCAACUACCAAGUCUGGUCAACAUCAAAGUGAAGUUUCAUACUUCUCUGACAGAGAUGGCAACCGGGUUCCGGCUACCAACAGCACACUUUUUGUGGAGCUGGGUCUCUUAAAACAGGAGAACGCGGAGCUGAGAAAGGAGGUUAGCGCCCAAACUUCGAUGCUCACAUCUCGUAACCGCGAGAAGGAACGUCUCUACCAGGAGAUAGAAGAAUUGAAACUGGGCCAGCGUCGCGAUACUGCCCGAUCAGUGGCCGGAGACAGUAUCUUUGAUCGCUCUGCCUCACGCGCCCAUAUUCGACCAUCCUCUCAGGCUAGCGACGGAGGCUUGUCUCGCAGCGACCUAGACCGUGAUGAACUCGAAGCACGAAAUGGUCACCUGCGUGACCAAGUGUCAACCCUCAAACUCGAUAACCAAGCUCUCCGAGCCCAGGUCGAGGAAUAUUCGGGAGAAUUGGAGGCUCUUGACAAGGCUUAUCAGGCAGAUGUGGAUCAAGCCGAAGAAGAGAUCCAAGGCCUCACCCAAGAACGAGACCACGCCAUGCAAAUUGCAGAUGAACGGGAUGCCGCCUUCCAGGAUCUGCGAGCCGAGGCUCAAGAUGAGUUAGACAGCCUUGGAGACGAACUGGAUCAGAAGAUUGUGGAGUGCCAGCGCCUGAACGAGGACCUGAGAAACCAGGACGAGAGUCUCAAGGUCUUGCAAGCGGAAAUGCGUUCUGCCAGUGAGGGUAUCAUCCGUCUCGAGGAAGAUGCACAGAACAACCUGGCGGCAUACAAGUCCGUGCAGCAAGAGCUCGAGGAAACCAACCGCGAGAUGGAGUCUGUGGAGAAGAGUCUCUUCGAGGCCAACACCAAGGUUCAACGACUGACAGUGCAAAUCGAGUCAAGCCAGAACGAGAUCGCCUUCCUCCGCGAAGAGCAAGAUGGCGACAAGAUCCGCAUUGGUGAUCUUGAGUCUGAGCUCAAGAACUACCACAUGAGCCUUAUGAGUGAGAAAGAGAAGACUAGGGAACUCGAGCAACGUCUGGCCGACGAAAGACACCAACGAGAGGUGGUUGGCAGUAAGGAGAAGCAAGAUGUUCAGCGCAUCAUGAACGAACUGAACCGCGAAGCCUCUGCUGCCAAGGAGGAAGUCCGACGACUGAAGAAGAGCCUGUCCGCUCAGGAGAUCGAGACAUCGACCUGGCGCGAACGACUAAUGGACCUUGAAAAUAACUUGAGAGAGACCUUGGGUGAUCUCAGCGGCAGCCGAUCUAGCUUGAUCACCAAUAUCAUGAAGCUACAAAAGGAGCUAGAGUCAACCGCACUUGAGCUGGAGAGCAUCCGCUCGCAACUAGAUGAGAAGGAGUCAGUGCUUCGCAACCGCGACGCUUUGCUCGAAAGCCAUGGACUUGAGUCUCGCAAACUUUCAGAACUCCUGGACCGUGAACGUCAAGCACGUCGGGCGGACAAGCAGUCCUUUGAAUCUUCACUCAAAUCUCACCAGCAAGCUUCGCGCACUAUUACACAGAACAACUCCCGCAUCACAGAUCUGGAGAAUGCUCGUACUCAGGAUCGCAAGCGAUAUGCAUCGCUGGAGCAGCAAUUCAAGGACCAGCUCAGCGAACGCAACACCAUGUUCCUCGCUAUCUGGAAGAGGAUGUCCGGUCUUUGCGGGCCAGACUGGGCGCAUUCUAACAGUCUUAUCAAUGGUAAUCUCCCCAGCCAGGAAGUCAUUGGUAACAUCCUUUUCUGGCCUGGCUUCAGCCGCAACUUGUUGCUUGCGAUGAAGACUGUCGAGACUGUGAUUGCUGGAUUCAAGAAUCGUAUCAAGUCCGUUGAUCACGAGAUGACCAAGCGCUACCACAUUCUGGAGCAGUCGUACAAUGGACGCAUCCGCAAGCUCGAACGCAUUGAAGAAGCAGUCAAGAAUAUGCGAACCAGCCGUGGGGGCUCCUCUUCAGAAAUCUCCAAGCUGCGCGGUGAGAACCGACUCCUGAAAGCUGAACUCAACCUGAUCCAAACCAAUUCACGCGGACAUGCAUCUGCAGCUGCCGCUGCAGUGAUGUCGGGACCUCGGUCCCCCUCCCUAGCCUCAGCACCAGAUCCGGAGCGCACUUUGGCACGUCAAAGCUCCACAGCUAGUGACAGACCUCGUCCAGAGAAAACCCUCACACGCAGUGCCACGGGUCUUCCGCAGCCCUCUCACUCCUCAUCCGGCAGCACGUUAACUAACAACCCUGGAGCCAUGGUCCAUCGCACGCGCAGCUCGCAAGGUGGCUGGGAAACUAGGGAUACCAGUGAUGAGAAAUGGGUUCACCGUCUACAUGAACUGGAGAAGCGACUGAAAUCCGAGCGUGAAGGUCGUCUGCUGGACCGCAGUGGCGCUCGCAAACGCCUCGAGGAGCGUGAUGCCGAGAAUCAAAAGCUUCGAGACCAACUCAGCCGAGAACGCACACGGCGUGGCCCUUCGGGACCUGUUCCAUCUAGUGGCAACCGCCGACCCCAAACCUCGGACGAAGCGCCUAGCUCCAGUGAAGGAGAGGGCAUCACGGUAGACAUCGAGGUCUGA